AUGCAAUCGAAUGAGGGGUUUCCGCGGAUUCGACACUUAUUCGCUCGGGUAGCAACACCGCGAAGGCCGCGACGUGCGCUCGUCCUGGUCCGUGGCCCCGACACAACCCCGUUUCUGCACGGUCUCUGCACCGCGCACUUGACACGCUAUGCGAACGAGCAGGGACCGGUUUGUACGAGCACUUGCUUUCUUGAUAGACGUGGCAGAAUGCUUUUUGAAGCCCUGGUAUGGAUUCACGGCCCGGAGCGCGUGUACUUGGACAUCGACGGGCGAGUCGUGGGGCUCGCACUCCGCCACUUGACGUUGCACCGAAUGCGAGCGCGCGUUGCAUGGGAACACCUGCCUGCGACGCUGUAUGUGGAAGCUUUCGCACACCAGGGGAGCGGUUCAAACACGGAUACUCGUUCUGGGACAGUGAAACAGGUUGAAACUCGUGUUUCCGCUGCCGGUCACGAGGAGAUGCAUGCGAUCGACCCGCGCUCCCCCGUGCUGGGUAUGCGCCGCUGGCAGUGCUUAACGUCGUCGACACCAGCUUGCACAACGAUGCCUGGAACUGGCCAACACAAGCGUUGUUAUCAUUCAUACUGGCUUGCCGAGGCACAUCGCGUGCUCCAUGCGAUUCCGCAGGGCAUUCAGGACGUGGUCCCGGGCCAGUCGUUACCGCUCGAAUGUAACUUUGAACAGCUUGGAGCGAUCGCUUUCGACAAGGGCUGCUAUCUCGGACAAGAGUUAACCGCUCGCACCCAUUACACGGGUGUGAUUCGCAAACGCACCGUUGCAGGCAUUCUGUCUCCGGAUGCAACCGACGCCCUACAGCGUGCCGAGGCGGCUGCCGCUUUUUUGCAGCGACCUCCAGACGCGACGUUGCCACCCGAACUGGCGCUCCUGUUCCCAAGCGAGGUGCUCGCAUGGCCAGGUCCCGCUCUGAAACAGCAGCUGCUCAGGGUCGAAAGCGAUACCGUCGAGCGGCCGCAACUUGAACCGGUUGCAUCAGCAGCAACCCAGAAGCGGAGCGUGGCCACUCUCGGGACGAUUAUCGCAAACCUGGCAACAGCACUGGUGCCGUUAGCGGACACCGACCUCCAUGCAGCCGUUCCGGGAACACAGCGCUUGCUGCGGGUCUCUGGUCGAAGUCCAGCCAGCAUCGCGAACUGGUACUUUGCCUGGUGGAUACCACCGUACCUCCAGGCGAUCGCGUCAUCGACCAGCGUCUCGCCGGUUUCGUCUGCUACCCAGGAGAGCUGA